ACCAUAUUUGGGAGGUUAACAAUCUACAGUGCAGAGGCACGUUCAAACGAAAAAGGCGAUAAUGAUAACUUUCUCUCUCUCGUCUCAUUGCUCUGCUCCUCCGCCUGUAAUUGUUUCGCCGGGUUCCAAUCGCUCCGGCGGUGUUUUCCGGUCGGAACUCAGUCUCAGUCUUCGAACGUCUCCUUUUCGCAAUAAAACCCUACGCCUUCACAGUAGCAAUUCGUCUAACGGACAACCGAAGGAGGGGUCGAAGUCGAGCUCGAGCAGGUUCCUUAAUGAGGAUGGUGUGGUGGAAGACAUGGAUGGAUAUCUCAACUAUCUCUCUCUGGAGUACGAUUCCGUUUGGGACACCAAACCUUCCUGGUGUCAACCAUGGACAAUAACCCUGACUGGAGCGUCGGUUAUUGCUGGCAGCUGGCUAAUAUUGCACAAUGUCUUGGCUACUUCGGUGGCCACUACUUUGAUCGGCACCUGGUGGUACAUAUUUCUCUAUUCUUACCCAAAGGCAUAUACGGAAAUGAUUGCUGAGCGAAGGAAGAAAGUAACUAGUGGCGUUGAAGACACGUUUGGCUUAAGAAACAGUCCUUAAAUCUUUUGCUGGAAACCAGUAUCACAUUACAGGCAGGAGAGAGUUUGAUUUUGGUAUGUAAAUUGCAAACUACUUUUCAGUUAUAGAUAAUGCCAUUGCAUUAAAAAUUACCUCUAGUUAUAUGCACUACUAGUGCACAAACUCUGCAGCAAACAAGCAUAACUUUAGC